CCUGCCUGCCUGUCUGUCCUGGAGGACCCCAAAGAGACACUUUUGGGAGCUGUGAGGAUUUAUUGGCUGGAACUGAACUCAGAUUCUGAGAUCCAGUUAGCAAUGGUGCCAUCCGAGGAGAUGGAGUGCGGGGUGUGCUACCUGCCCUACUCCCGCUGCGGCCGCGAGCCUCGCCUGCUGCACUGCGGCCACGCGUUCUGCAUGGAGUGCCUGGUCUGCGUGGCGCGGGAGAGGGUAGGCAUGCUCACACUCUGCUGCCCGCUGUGUCGGCAGACAACCAGUGUGGGACGAGGGCUCAGACUGCAGGAGGUGCUGUGGGUGGACACUGUGGUGUGGAACCAGAUACCAGAGAACGAGGAGGAGGAGGAGGAGGAAGAGGAGCAGGAGGACCAGAUCAAAGUGCUCACUGAGGGGCAGCCUGAAUGCUCAGCCCCACUUCGCUUGAGGCCAAAGCUCAAGAUCCCUUCAUUCCUGAAAAAACUCAAUUUCCUGAGGUACAGGAGGAGCACCGAAGAAAGAUGUAACAUUGAAAUAAGAGCCUGGCGCAGGAGGUCCAGUGAAACAUGAGAGGGAUUGCCAGUACCCCUGUCUCCACAUAGAGAGACGAGAACAGGGUGGAGUCAAAGGUCUGAAACCGAACAAGCCUGUUUGGCAAACAGCUGCACAGCCAGGCACGGAACCACUGCUCAGGAAAACAACAAAUUGAAGUCACCCCAGUUCAGAUGCUGCCCCGGGAAUACCUAAUUACCACAGUGAUGAGACUUGUCAUUGCAGUACACACACAGUUAUACAGGAUGAUUCAUACUUCACUUGAGGGUACGUGAAGGAAGAUAUGCAAAGUCUAUGAUAUAGACACUCUGUGAUAGUUUCCCCAGAGGGUUGCUCAAUAAUGUCAACAUGUAUGUAGAAUUGAAAACAAUAGAAAACAACAAUGUUGACAGAAUUCUGAAUCACCCUGUAUAUAAAUGGGAUAAAAGCUGGUAACAAGAAGGACUAAAAAUGGACUGCUAACUUGCCUAAGACCUCCCCACAAGAAACUGGAAACAGAAGAAGAUUAAGACCAAGAGAAAGAAUUGCAGAGCAGUUUUGAUGAAAAAAAGGUCUAUACAUAAUCAUAUUUCCCUAGUAGGUAAUAUUUCUUAAUAAAAAAAACAGGCUAUUCAUUUUUGAUUCAUUGAAAGUUUCAGGAACCCAUACCAUUAACACCUGACACAGUGAAAGUGCUCUGACCCCCUCUCCUGUUAAAGUAAUCAGUAACCUGGAAUGACAGCUAUCUUUCUGUGAAUUACACUCAGCCACCCUUUCCAGGGAUUUUCAGAUUGCAACAUGAUAUUUAAUUGUCAACCCAUU